CAAGUGAGGACGUGAUUUUUGGUGAAGUCGCAGAGCGGAGAGAACAUAAAGCAACAAGGAGCGUCUGCUUUGUUCACAUUUUUGUCGUAAUUACAGAUAAAUUAGGUCGUUAGUUCGCAGCUGCACAACAGAAAAACAGCAUUAGGGAUUUUACGAAGCAAUGACCCAGAGAAAGAAUUCCAAAACCCACUCCAGAAAAGAGGGGAAGACGCCGCCGGUGGAAAGCAAGAAUGGAAAGAGGACGGAGAGAGGAGGAGGAGGAGGAGGGGGAGGGAGGAGGAGGAGGAGAUGUGGGCGGAGGUUCGAAGUACUCCAUGUUUACCUGGAUUGUGGUCCUGGCCCUGCUGGGAGUCUGGAGCUCCGUGGCUGUGGUCUACUUCGACAUUGUGGACUACGACAGCGUCAUCGGGAAGCUGACGGCCUACGACACGGACGGAGACGGAGACUUUGACGUGGAAGAUGCUAAAGUUCUGCUCGGGCUGAAAGAGAGACCAGAUGUGAGAAUUUCACCUGAUCAGAAAACAGUGGUACAAACCAAAGAAACCAGCAAGGCUUUGUUCGAACCAGCCAAUCAGCAAGCUGCAGAGCCACAGGGGGCGGGGCCAACAGAGGCCCGAUCGCCUGAAACCCCAACCGAGGAGGCUGCAUCAGUUUCAGACAGCGGCCCCUCACCUGUCCAAGAAGAUGAAGUCUCUAGAUCUGACGAUGUGGAGUCUGAAAUCCAAGCUGCCGUCCCUCUCCCUCCGGUGGUGGAAGUUGACUUUGUGCCAGAUGAUCCUCGAGACAGCAUGCAUCCUUAUGAGGAUCAAGCCGACACCAUAGACACAACAGGAGCUCUGGUGGAGGAGCGUCCGCCGGAGGAGAGUGUAGAGGAGUCCAGACAACACUUGACAAGCUCCAAAUUCACUCAGGAAGCAGAGAACUUGUCUGAACCACCAGCAGAACCAGAACCACAGAGUGAAACCCCCAUAGAGACGGAGCGCAGUCCAGAGGAAACUACAGGCAAACAGGCUGAGGAGAAGCCCAAAGAAAAAGCAAAGAAGAAGAAGCCAAAAUUGUUAAAUAAAUUUGAUAAAACCAUAAAAGCAGAAAUCGAUGCUGCAGAAAAGCUUCGCAAGAAGGGUAAGUUUGAGGAGGCGUUGAGAGCGUUUGAGACGCUAGUGCAGCAGCAUCCACAGAGCCCCCGCGCUCGCUAUGGAAAAGCCCAGACGGAGGACGACCUGGCUGAGAAGCUGCGUAGUAACGACAUGCUGCAGAGAGCCAUCAACACCUACAGAGAGGCCGCUGAGCUUCCUGAUGUGACCUCUGACCUAGUGAGAGCCACGCUGAAGAGACGAGCUGAGAGGCAGCAGUUCCUGGGUCGGGUGCGUGGGUCUCUGGCGACUCUGGAGAAGUUGACUCAGAUCUUUCCAGAAGACAUCAGUCUGAAGAAUGAACUGGGCGUCGCCCACCUGUUGCUGGGAGACAACAAGGGCGCCAAAAAAGUCUACGAAGAGGUUCUGGCGGUUGCCCCCGGCGAUGGCUUUGCUAAAGUUCACUAUGGUUUCAUCCUGAAGUCAGAGAACAAGAUAGCGGAGAGUAUACCAUACCUGAGAGAGGGUUUGGAGUCUGGUGAACCAGGCACGGAUGACGGGCGUUUUUAUUUCCACCUGGGUGACGCCCUGCAGAGAGUCGGAGACAAAAGCGCCUAUCACUGGUAUGAGUUGGGUCACAAACGAGGCCAUUUUGCCUCAGUGUGGCAGAGGUCUCUGUACAACGUGGACGGACUGAAGGCUCAGCCGUGGUGGACGGCUAAAGAGACUGGAUACACAGAUCUGGUCAAGACAUUGGAGAGGAACUGGAAGACAAUCAGGGACGAGGCUCUGGCUGUGAUGGACCAAAACACCGGAUCAUUCAUACCUGAGGAGGAGAACCUGAGAGAGAAAGGAGAGUGGGGCCAGUACACACUCUGGCAACAAGGGAAAAAAGUUGGAAAUGCCUGUCAGGGCAUCCCAAAGACGUGCUCGCUGCUGGAGAGAUACCCUGAAGCUACAGGCUGCAAGAGAGGACAGAUUAAGUUCUCUGUGAUGCAGCCCGGUACUCACGUGUGGCCUCACACAGGUCCCACUAACUGCAGACUGAGGAUGCACCUCGGCCUCGUCAUCCCCAAACAGGGCUGUAGGAUCCGCUGCACUGACCAGACCAGGGAAUGGGAGGAGGGUAAAGUCCUCAUCUUCGACGACUCCUUCGAGCACGAGGUUUGGCAGGACGCCGACAGUUACCGCCUCAUCUUCAUUGUGGAUGUUUGGCACCCGGAGUUAACGGCAUACCAGCGCCAGACUCUGAGCCCGAUUUAGAUCAACCCGAACUCAGAGAGGACCAGAACCUCAGACCUUGUAAGAACAGUUUGACAGACUGACUGAGCGGCCAGCUGAUUCUUCUUCUGUGGAUAAACUGCUAUAAACACUGACAGCCAGAGUCUGAGAAGAAUCACGUUUGGCUGACUGGUGAUUUGUUUUUUGCUUCUUUUUUUUGUGGAUGAACUACUAAAAUUGUCGAAGACUGCCGAAGGAUCAAACCAUCAGACUGAAGGAUGGAAACGAAAAACGUUACUACUGACUUUACAACCUUUCACCAAAAAAACAAACUGAACACGUACGGUACUUGUUUUAACCCUGAUUAACCCGAGUUCACUUUGCCGGCUUCAGGGUCAUAGAAACCUUAUAAUGGAUUCAAAAAUGUAUUUUCUAGAUCUGGAAAUGUUUUGGAAAGUUGGAGGUCAUCCUCAAGUGUGUUUUGGAAAAACUAGAAAAGCUUUCCAAAUGUACAGAUGUGUUCGAACCUCAAACCAAAACCAGCUCUCUGGUGUUUCGUGUCAUCAUCAAAAAGCAUGAAGUUUUCUUGAAACACUAAAACAGAAAACAGACUCUCAAUUUAAAAUGCACCUAGUUUCCAUAAUGUUGUAUAAAUGUUGUCGCUGUUUUUUCAUUCUCUGUUUAUGAAUUAAGAAAAAAGCCUUCAUUUUAGCUCCACCAUCAUUUUUCUUUUUAUCCAGUUUCAGUUUUUCAUCACAUUUGCACAAUAACAAGAAACACAAGAUGUUAUAAAAGAUGAUUUAUAUUUAUAUUAAAAUAAAAAAAAAGAAAAUUGCAACCA